GUGACUAAUUUAUUACUCUGCUUGUUCCGCUGUAAGCUGAGGAACUGAGCAGUGCAGUUAAAAGGUGGAUUGUUUGAGGGGAUAUUUACUCGCUGACUACACUGCUAAAUGUGUUGCUAGCCAACAAGUUAAAAUGCUUGGAAACCAUAUCAUGUUUAAAUAUAUGCUAGGUCAACAUUUGCAACAGUGCAUUUUCUUUGAGUUAUUUACAAAUACAUUUCAGAGGGCGUUUAAAUUUACUUAUGUUACAAACAAAAUGUAAAAAAAAUCCCAAACAACUAGAUAUUACAUUUCCUGUAUACUUUUCUAAAUUCUUAUACGUUUAAGAAGUUUAUGUAUACAAUUAUGUACAAUCUAGCCAGGCUGGAAAAAUCCAGUUCGGUCUAAAAAGCUACCAUUUGCCAAAACGCAGGCUGAGCUGGUCAAACUUGUAGAUCAUCAGUGCCAGCUGGUAAGUUAUUUUACAGCCUCCUUAUUGACAAAAGUGGUCAAUAAAUGUUGGAGAUUGUUUAAUUGCGUUGCCUUGUGAUAGUUUCUUAAGAACUAAAAAAGCAAGAAGAUGAGGAAAAACUUUCCAUAUACCAAACGGCAAUGGUCUCCGAUCCAAUUUUUUUAAAACAAUUUACAAUUUUGUUGAAUAAAUGAUUUUAAGUUUAGUACAUGUGGAUAUAAUAAUAAGAAUUGCUUUUUAGUGUUACGAAAACAUAGUUUGCACGGUUAUAGGUCCUUGUGCCAAUUCCCUGGUGGUGGCUAAUGCUACUCAUUCUAAUAACAGGCCAUGAAGCAAUCACUAACAUUACCAAAAGCGUAGUGGUGGAUCUACAGUGAUAUCAGCCCACCUGCAGAGGCACAGAGUGUACCUGAAGCUCUUAGAUAUCUCAUUAUAGGCAGUUACCUAAUUUAACCUAAAUGACCAAUGACCAAAUAAGGCCUCUUACCUCCCGUUGCUUGGGGGGUGGUGCUGAAGGAACAGCUCCUAGUUUCCAUCCUGCUCUCUGUCAGGUCCGCUUUAAGGAUCAUCCCACCGGUAAAGCCAUGAGGGGCUCAGCAAAGACAUGAAUCACCAAAGUUCUUUCGCAAACCGGAUCUAGCUCUGAAGACGGAAGGAUACUUGAUUAGCUAACUUAAGAUGAUGAAGAGGCAGAACGUGCGCACGUUGGCUUUAAUUAUUUGCACCCUGUCCUAUUUGUUAAUUGGAGCGGGAGUCUUCGACGCACUGGAGUCAAAGCAAGAAAAAAGCCAGCGGAGAAAGCUGGACUACCGCAAGUCUCAGCUGAUAAGCAGGUACAAUCUGUCCAAAAACGACUUUGAGCAGAUAGAGAAAGUGGUCUUGCUUUUGAAGCCACACAAAGCCGGAGUGCAGUGGAAGUUCGCGGGCUCUUUUUACUUCGCUAUCACUGUGAUAACGACUAUAGGUUAUGGCCAUGCUGCCCCCAGCACAGAUGCAGGGAAAGCAUUCUGCAUGGGCUAUGCGCUUUUGGGUAUCCCACUCACUCUGGUGAUGUUCCAGAGCCUGGGAGAACGCAUUAACACCUUUGUUCGUUUGCUGCUGCACAAAGUCAAGAAAUGUGUGGGUCUGCGACGACCGGAGGUCUCCAUGGCCAACAUGGUGACGAUUGGCUUCUUCUCUUGUGUUGGCACCCUUUGCAUUGGUGCAGGUGCCUUCUCACAUUAUGAAGGCUGGAGCUACUUCCACGCCUUCUACUACUGCUUCAUCACUUUGACAACCAUCGGUUUUGGGGAUUAUGUGGCCUUGCAGAAGGACAAUGCGCUCCACAACGACCCCCAUUACGUGGCCUUUAGCUUUGUCUACAUUCUGAUGGGCCUGACCGUGAUUGGUGCCUUCCUCAACCUGGUGGUGCUGCGUUUUAUGACCAUGAAUGCAGAAGAUGAGAGGAGGGAUGCAGAACAACGGGCUUUGCUCUCCAAAGACAAGCAGAAAGAUCAGCCUUCUCGCCACACCAACCUCCAAACCUUACAAACACAGGAGCCGGAUGCCAAGAGGCAAGGACUGAAGAGCGUCUAUGCCGAGGUACUUCACUUUCAGACUGUCUGCUCCUGCUUAUGGUAUAAAAGCAGGGAGAAGAUGGUGAUGCUUCCGCAAGACCUCUCCUUCAGUGAUGCACUCAUGGAGCAGGGUAACUUCUUUGAGCCAGACUCUACAGGCUGUGUGUGUAACUCGCAGCGCUGCUCAGCCAUUAGCACUGUGUCCACUGAUGUGAGGAGCAUCUCCCCCUUCAGACUGCUCUCCAAGAGACGCAGCUCUGUAUAAAUGUGUGAUGACAGAUGAUAAAUAGAUGCACACAAAAACAUUGCUACUGUAUUUUUCUGCUAUAAAUGCAUGCAUUCAAGUACAAGUGCUGAAACCCAGCCCUUGAGUAGGUUGCAAAUUAUCGUGUCUUAAGGACACAGAGUACCUCUUACGUGUGUCACGUGCGUGUGCAAUGAAUUGUCUCCUCCUGAGACCAUAUAAACUUUAAAGAAAGUAAUAACGGACUUCUGGCUACUUCAUGAUUACAGUCGACUCCCUGACAUGGUGCAAUAAAAUGUGCAAAACAUCAUUUCAGCAGUGCUUUAUUAAGACAAUACCAAUAGCAUACCUUAUUAUCUCCUCAAAUCACUCCUCGAACCUCAGAUUUUAUUACUAAUUGAUUAUCACAUAUUGUAUCAGUCAACGUCUUAUUGUUUUGUGAUCACCAUUUUUGUUUGUAUGAUGUCAUGAUUUAUUCACGUUUAUUCAAAAAUUCUAUGCUGCACAAUGUGCUAUAAUCAACU